UUUUCAAAGGGCGAUCAGAAGAGUUUAAGAAUGCGGAAACGCGGGAGUGCAUUCGUUGUCUGUGUUACCCUGACCCCCUGGGCCGGGGGCACUGAAUGAAGACAGCGAGGAAACGAGACGAUGGACACAGCCUUACAAGUACAGCUGCAGAGCCAACGACCCCAAGAACCGAGUAACUUCCCUGGCUAUGUGGCUAACGAACUGUUCAACGGCUCGUGUUUUGCCGUUUUGCCUCCCACCCCGAACGAACCUGCAGCUCCAGGUUGUUCCAUACGAAGAAGAAUUGGGUCCAACGCUGUGACCAACACUUUGGGUCAUGCGAGCUCUUUGGUUCUUGGUGUGGAGACUUGCAUUUGUCUGGGCCAGGAGCUCCAUCUCAUCAUGCCCAUGUGUGUGCCAGGGCCUCGUAUUCGCCCGUCCGGCAGCUGCCGCGAAGGCCUUUUUUUAGGCCUGCACCGCCGCGUUGCUUCAGAUGCCAUCCUCCAGUCAUCAAACGCCACCAGCUUGCAACGACACCAAUCCUCGGGGAGUAAUGGGCGGCAAAGAAAACGACAGCUCGUCGGCGUGGUCUCGGGAGAUUUGUUGACGGUGUUGAUAACCUACCGUGUGGUGCUGACAGAUGGAAAGCGCUUUUUUGGUCACCUUGGGAUUACAUCGUAACUAUGAAAUUAGGAUAGGAUGCGUCACAGUAUUCGUAUGCAAGGGCGACGAGCUCCAUGUUUAUUAUGCACGUAACUUUGUGUAUACAAGUAAUUGCAAGAAGUUGGUCUCAGUGCC